GUGCUCGGUUGGUAACGGAGAGACAAAGCCGAGGCAACAGCGGACACGGACGGACGCCCUCGCUCGUCUUCACUUCGUGUCUAACGCUUGUUUCCAAAUGGCAACGACAGCGGACGACCUGCGGGAACCGGCGGACGUCGCUGCGCUGUCGCCGCACCACGACUGCCGCCACCACAACAGCAACAACAACAACAACAAUAACAACAACAACAAAGACAGCGAGGCGGGCGAGAGCGCGACCUCCGCCACCGCCAGCGCGACGGAACCCGGCGGGACGGCGUCGCAGAGCAUCGGUAACGGCUCAGUCAUCAACCCGACCGGCGGGAAUAACGGGAAGUGGGUCCGGCUGAACGUCGGUGGCACGGUGUUCCUCACGACGCGGCAGACCCUCCUCAAGGAGCAAACUUCGUUCCUGUACCGGCUGUGCCAACAGCAAGACCUGCACUCAGACACGGAUGAGACGGGAGCCUAUGUGAUUGACAGAGACCCUACCUACUUCGGUCCCAUCCUCAACUACUUGCGGCACGGCAAACUGGUCUACAACAAGGAGCUGGCUGAAGAAGGUGUCCUGGAGGAGGCUGAGUUUUACAACAUCACCCCACUGAUCAAACUGAUCAAGGAGAGGAUUGUGGAGAGGGACUCCAAAGCCACGCAGCAGGUGCCCCCCAAGCAUGUCUACCGAGUGUUGCAGUGCCAAGAGGAGGAGCUGACCCAGAUGGUCUCCACGAUGUCGGACGGCUGGAAGUUUGAGCAGGUCAGCGUGCGCGCCUGCAGAAAGCCCCGCACCGGACUGCUCUGGACUAUGGUGAACAUCGGCUCAUCAUACAGCUAUGGAACAGAAGACCAGGCUGAGUUUCUGUGUGUCGUUUCCAAGGAGCUUCACACUCCUGGAUCUGGACUCGGUACGGAGCAGAGCCACAAAACCAAGCCGGCGGAGAUGCAGGAGGAGGAAGCCGCGAAGGAUGAGGAGGAGGAGGUGGAGGAGGAGGAGGGAGGGAGAGAUACCACACCAAAUGAGUGGCUUAGAGAAUGAGGGAGUCAUGUUUGUUCAUCUUUAUUCCAAAGAGAGGCGGGAAUGGCUUUUCCAGAUCCAUGGGUCCCGGAUGUAGAAAUCACAAGAAUUUAAGUUAUUUUUUUCUAGACUUAUUAUAACACACUGUACAUGGGGUAUGUGUGUAUGUGUGUGUGUUGCGUCUAUGGAUCGUCAUCAAAACAGAUUUGUAGCAUUCCUAUCCGUUCAUUGACAGAAAUGCCAGUUAGAAAGAUUACCAAAUGACCAAAAAGAGAAAAAAAAGCCUAAAUCUCAGUCAGUCGCAGCAAUAUCGUCAAAAGUAUUUGUCAGUCAAACUAAUUUUAUUUGUAGAAAUAAUCAUGUUUGUGUGUGCAAACGUUAUAUUGCCAAGGGAAGUAGUUGAGCUUAGUAAAUUAUAACCAAAGAUCCAGAUUAAAGCCUGCUGAUCUAAGGUGCUCAACCAAAACGUGACAGAGAAUAUAAAAUCUGCAUGCAGAAAAGACAUUGUCUUUGUUAGCCAGUGAGGAGCUGUUGCUGAGUCACAGUGAUCUGAUAAAUGGCGAAUGGCGUGCAAGGAUCAGUUUACAUCCACGUUGUGGAUUAUUACAUUUCCUAAUGUUAACACAGAUGGCAUGGAGGCAUUAAUCAGUUAGUCAAAAACAACGUAAAUAAUUCUAAACUUACUAUAAUCCCAAUGAUGGAUGCAGUUGUUCCCAAAACUGUGUAUUUCAGAUAAUUGGACCAAAUGGGUUAUCGCUGGUUUGAUCUCAUAGUAUUUGUUGGUUGGCUUUAAAUUGACAGAUAGAAACAGACAGACAAGGGCAUUUGGUGUGGGAUAGAUAUCCUAUUUUUUACUGGUCAUGUUACAGAGGUUUCAUCUGACCACAGCAAGACUGUCAGACCGAAACAGUCACUGUCCAACAGAGCUCAAAACAUGAGCAGCCAGCGCACACACACUGCUCUACAUUUCCCCCUGCACCAACACCCUGUUGUGUGUUGAUACACACCUGCACCACCUCGUGCCGGUGCAUCCUCAGCAGCAGCGUCGUCUCAGUCUGUCGCCCUGGCUGGGAUCCAGAGCCAGCUUUGGCCCCAGCUGACAGAGUGCUGUUGGUGUGAGUUAGGAAAGGCUUUAACAGAGAGUCACUGAGAAGGGGGGGGCAAGAGAGAGAUCAAAAUGAGGAGGAGAGGGUGAGACAGGAGAGCUAGGUGUGUCUCUGUUUGUAAUAGUGGUAGUCACACAAUGUCCUCUGUCACCACGUUAGUUUAUGAAAAUAAGGAACAGCACUAAACUAAUACUGUAAGAUCUGCCGCAGUGCAGGUGUAUGAUUGAAAAGGGUUUGAAGAAGCAGUUUUUUAAAGAACACAUGACUUUUAACAACCUCUGUUGGCAACUUGUAGGAACUGCACCACAGAUCAAAUUUGUAUCCCCUGUGAAAGUAUGUGGCACAAACCCUGACACUACUUUGUAUAAUAAAAAGGAAUUGAAAUUUUUAGGUGUCAUUCCACAAACACACCAAGGUUUUGGCAGUGCAUUUACUGGUAAACUCUGGAGGUGUACUUGCUGGAAAAUAAUGGGUUAUACAUAACUUAAAAAUAACAGGGUGUUUUCUUUAUCAGCAGGUAAUAAAAUGUGUACAUACACUUUUAGUCUAUAAUAGUCCAAAGUCAUGUCAUAGUUCAUCAGACAACACUUAACCACAUAAAACAUCGAAAAUACAUUGAUAUAGAAUAGAAACAGAGCAGGAUUUAAGGUUAAGGUUAAGCAUUUCUUGGAGGCAUAAAUAACAAAAAAUAAUUGAGUUCAUCCGCAGUGGUAGGAGCCAAACAAAAAUAAAAAACAAUACAACACAAAAGGGAAAAAAAGGAAGGGUAACCACACUCAGUCAUCCAGAUCAGCUGGUUAUCCCUGUUGACGUUCCGGAUUUAAGAUAGCUAUAGUACCCAUAUAUAUAGCAUAUUUUUUUUAUUUUUUUUUUAAAGGCCAAUUUCCCUAAAACAGCUGGGCACUGUAGUUUAUAGCUAACAUUACUCAAACAGGUAAAUUGGGAAUAUGUUCGGGUUUUAGCCACAAAUGAAAACACAAUUGUGAGGAUAAAUUCAUAUUUGGUGUUUGCUAUUUUUAUGCAAAUUGUUGACAAAAUAAAAAUAAGACAUCACUAGACCUAUCCUUUCAAGUAUGUAAUUAAAGCUAUCCUGCACUAACCCUAAAAACUGCAGUUGUUUGGUCCUGCCCACUGAGGUACCUCAAGCAGAGAGAUUAUUUCUGCUUCUAAGAUUUCUGCAGCCAUAUUGAGCGUCGGCUGUCAGCAGCUUAUGUCUGCCCCCCUCCCCUGCUGUUUGGCUCCUGACUGACAGCAACAUACAAUAGGGAAACACACAAAUACACUCGGGCUGUUUUAUACAGGCAAUAAGCAGUGAUGAGUUACAACGUGAGACAAUCGAGAAUUACAUCAUGGUUGGUGACUUUUUUUGAUAAAACUUUGAUAAUUAAAUCUGAAAAAAAUCUGUGGAUACAAUGUGUGUGUGUGUGUGUGUGUGUGUGUGUGUGUGUGCGUGCAUAAAAUGUGUCUCUUCCAUUUCAAGUGUGAAACAGAAACAGAUAUCCUGGACCUUUUUAAGGUUUAUUGCAAUAUCUUAUUAGCUGGAUUAGCUGAACACAAUAAAUGUUAGAUUAGUAAUGAAACAGUUACUCAUCGUGCUUCUGAUAAUCAUAACAGUGAUGUUAGCAGGAGGGAGAAGACUGAAAGAGACACAGUUAUGUUUAUUGUUUUGUCACUUCAGCUUUUUCUCGUGGCUCUUUUUACCUUGGAUCAUUCGGUGCCUUGAGUUCAAGCAGCAAAACCGACGCGUCGAAAGACAGACACGUCAAAAUGGUCAUAGGUGUUAUUAACAUGCAUUUUUUAAAAUAGCUGUAUGAAUAUGUUAGUCGAUAAAUGGGUAGUUUAUAUUCUCACUGAGAGUCCAGGUUUAGUAUCUGUGUAAUAUUCCAGAAUUUUAUUUUUCUUAAGAUGUUUAAGUCGAGACAAAGAAAGUACAAAGCUGCACGUGUGAGCUGAGGCUGUUCCAUGCAGCUCUUGUUGAAGGCUUUGUAAAAAGUCAUGCCUUUUUUAUUUUAUUUUUUUGUAAGUUGUAAUUUAUUCUCAAGGUUUCUUUUUGAAUGUUACACAGUAAAAAGAAUUGGGCUUCGAUUUCUUUUGGGGGGGGAUUUUUGCUUUUUAUUUUCUACUUGACGACUAGCUUUUAUUUUUGACUAACCUGAUUAUCUUCAGCAGUAUAAAGAAAUAUAUCCAUCAGGUUUACUAAAUAUGCUAGUUCUUAUUCUUAGUUCACAUAAAUGCUGUUGAACAGACAUUUCCCCACAAAUAGACUUUAGUUUUCCUCUUCAAUGAAAAUGUGUUAAUAUUAGGUCAGUUUUAUAAAGCUCCACUUGCAUGUCCAGUUACCUUGUUGGGUUUGCUGGAUCCACACUUGAUUUUCUUUUUAUUUGUAUACUAUUUUUUGAAUUGUUUCUGCUGUACAGUAGUGUGUUUUUCCAUAGUAUUUGACGUGUAAAAGUCUACAUAGCAGUCCUCUUUCAUUAUUCUGUGCAAAAAACAAAUCUGCCAGGCAGCUGUGGAUAGAAAACUGUUUUUAUCUGAUGCUGGAGUUUCUUUCUUCUGCUGUCCGUACAGCCUCACUGUCUGUAUACAUUAAACUACGUGACACAUGCAUUGUAACGCCUCAGAUGAACCUGUACAGGCUUCAAGAAACGCUCUGUGUUUUGAUUUUAUUGAACUGUAUUCAUCAGGACCUGAACAACAUACAACAUUUUCCACAAUGUGACAGAAGGUGAAUUGUGUUUUUUUUUUUUUAUUUAAUGUAAAUGAAUGUCACCAUUCUCAGCAAAAAUAAAUCUUUGUCCUUUGGUUUAAAAUA